AUGCCUUCGAAGAAGAUCAUCAAGAAGAAGGUUGCCGCACCGCCGGCACAGCUGCGUGUUGCGGCUGCCCAGAAGGAGGUGAAGAAUCCUCUGUUUGAGAAGAGGGCAAGGAACUUCAAUAUCGGUUGUGACAUUCAGCCCAAGAGAGAUGUGACUAGAUUUGUGAGAUGGCCCAAAUAUAUCCGUUUACAACGUCAGAAAGCUGUUCUGCAAAGACGUCUGAAGAUACCACCACCUGUGAACCAAUUUAGAACAGCAGUUGAUAAACAGACAUCCUCUCAGCUGUUCAGUCUUCUAAAUAAGUAUCGUCCUGAAUCUAAGGAAAAGAAAAAGGAGCGUCUACGUGCUCGUGCGGAAGCUCGUGCUGCAGGAAAGGCUGAGGAGAUUACGAAACGUCCACCGGUUGUACGUCAUGGCGUAAACACUGUUACUCGUCUCGUUGAAACUCGAAGGGCUCAACUGGUCCUUAUAGCUCAUGAUGUUGAUCCAAUCGAAAUCGUGCUCUUCCUGCCUGCAUUGUGCCGAAAGUUCAAUGUUCCGUAUGGUAUCAUUAGAGGGAAAGCCGCGUUGGGAACCGUUGUAAGGCGCAAGACCACCUCUGCCGUUGCUAUUGUUGACGUUAAUCCUGAGGACAGAUCUGCAUUAUCAAAGCUGAUCGAGACUGUGUCGACAAACUUUAAUGAACGAGGUGAAGAAAUCAGAAAGCAUUGGGGAGGCGGGAUUAUGUCUGCUAGGUCGGAAGCCAAAAAGCUUAGACUGGAGAAAGCUAGGGCGAAAGAUCUUGGCAUCCGUGCGUAA